AUGGUCGGCGGCCCGUGCAAUUUUGUGGGAAACGCUACCAUUUUUGGCGAACCCGCUAAAACGCGAAAGACCAUCACAGCCGCUGUCGGAGGCGAACGCGUUGUCUUAAAUAGUCUUCAGGUCAACGCAAUAAAUUGGUUCCAUAAGGAUUUGCUCCUCCUGGUUGUUGAUGGCGCAUAUGGGGCAGGCAAAUCACUUUGCACUGCACUAAUGGCAGUACAAGCCGUCAAAAAGGGUAAAAAGGUGCUCAUCGUAGCAGUACAGAACUCCGCAUUGGACGUAAUCUGCUCAAAAUUAGCGCAGAUGGACACACCUGACAUCCAUCCCGUCCGGUAUGUAAACGGAAUGCUAGCACGCGAUGCCCUUCGUACCGGCUCCUACGACAUUGCCUCGAUUAUAGAACGGCUACCCGUAAUGCAUAGCGAUCGCAUGGGUCCGUCCGCAGACGCGAUGUUUCGCGUCUUCACGGAUAAGCUACGUCGCCUCCGCGAGUUUCUCUUCACGAGCGUGGAACAGUGUCUCAUGGCUUCGGAACACAAUACCCUACUUUUCCUCGAGGAGGCUAACUCAGAGCGUGUUAAAGCCCUCACCUCCGAGUUCCUUAUAAUCUAUCUACCCAACAUCUUCAUAUGUGCUAUCGCCUCGGCAAUUAACCUUACCACCAAAAGAGGGUUGUGGCGCCGCCCAUCUAGGAGGCAAUGGGACACCGUAUUCCUCGAUGAAGCAUAA